UCACCAUUUCUAUUCUCUGCCUCUUCACUUCACUCAGCUUCUCUCUCGCUGAUCAGUUUUGUUUUCUCCAGUUUUCCAUCCAUAAUUAAUAAUGGGUUUGAAGGGUUUUGUUGAAGGUGGUAUUGCCUCCAUUGUCGCCGGUGCCUCCACCCACCCUCUUGACCUCAUCAAGGUUCGCAUGCAACUUCAAGGUGAAUCCCACCUCCCCAAUCCAGCUUCCCUUCAAGCCCUCCGUCCUGCCAUCGCCUUCAACACGGUUGCUGCUGGUGCCGGUAAUAUUUCACUACCUGUAGAAAUUGCUCCUCCGCCAGCUCGCGUUGGACCCAUUUCUAUCGGUGUUCGUAUCAUUCAAUCUGAAGGUGCUGCAGCCCUUUUCUCUGGUGUAUCUGCCACUAUACUUCGCCAGACCUUGUACUCAACCACCCGUAUGGGUCUUUACGAUGUUCUCAAACACAAGUGGACAGAUCAAGACACCGGAAGCAUGCCUCUUCCACGCAAGAUUCUUGCCGGCCUUAUCUCCGGCGGUAUCGGAGCCUCCGUUGGGAACCCCGCUGACGUGGCUAUGGUCCGAAUGCAGGCUGAUGGACGUCUCCCAAUUGACCAACGUCGCAACUACAAGAGUGUGUUUGAUGCUCUGACUCAAAUGUCAAAGCAAGAAGGAAUUGCUAGCCUCUGGCGUGGCUCAAGUCUAACAGUGAACCGUGCAAUGAUCGUCACUGCAUCACAGCUCGCAUCCUAUGAUCAGAUCAAGGAGAUGAUAUUGGAGAAGGGAGUGAUGAGCGAUGGAAUUGGGACCCAUGUGACGGCGAGCUUCGCAGCUGGGUUUGUGGCAUCGGUGGCUUCAAACCCUAUAGAUGUGAUAAAGACUAGGGUUAUGAACAUGAAGGUGGAGACAGGGGCGGAGCCGCCAUACAAGGGUGCAUUAGACUGUGCAAUGAAGACAGUGAAGGCGGAGGGUCCAAUGGCUUUGUAUAAGGGAUUUAUCCCUACAAUCUCAAGGCAAGGACCUUUCACUGUGGUGCUGUUUGUCACGCUAGAGCAGGUCAGGAAGCUGCUCAAAGAUUUCUAAUUCAUGUGAUGAUGAUCGAUGAGGAAAAUCAAAUGCCAUUACAUAUAGCUAGAAAGCUGUGAAUUUUUCAGCUUCAUUACUGAGAGAAUUAUAAAUAAUUUAAUUCUUUGGUUAGGAAAGGCCGCUACUAUUCCAUUACUGUAAAGAAGAAUUGAUUUUUUGAUAUAUAAAUUCGUAUUGAUCACAUUUCCAUUUA